AUGCAGGCUCCCUCCAUGACCAACCAGAGGGGCGCGUCCUGCGUGGUCACGGCUUGGCAGAAGGAGGUGCCGAUCGAGCAGAAGAAGGCCGCUCUACUUGCCCUGGCUCCAGAGCCUUGGAGUUCUCUAACUUACAAGGUGUCGUCCGUGUCCGUGACAGUCGGACAGCCGCUUCCCUUGAUUGAGCUAGAAGCCCCCGCGGCACAAGGGCUGCUGGCUCCGACGGUCUUUCAUGUCGCUUGCUCCGCAGCAAACCGAGAUGACCCUUCAGAGGUGCUGCAGUACCAUUUUGAUACCCUCCUGAGCGUGGGCAUCCUGGAAGGUCACCCAGUGCUGGAAGUAGCACCAGAUGGCUCGAUCGCCAUCUCCCCGGACACCCGAUUGUCUGGGACAUUCGAUGCAAUGAGCACCACCAGCGCGUCGAGAACUACCAUUCAUCUGGCCUGCAAGGUAUGGGGUGGCUUUGUCUUGACAUCAAUCGAGCCGAUAGUGACCGAUCUCACCAUCGAGAUUUUGGACGAUGUCUGUUGGGUCGAGAAGGCGUCCACCUUCCGGUCCUACGAUCCAGAGGAGGGGGCAGCCAAGCCAUUCGUCUUGACGACUUCCCAAGUGCCCGUCCAGAACGGAGCCGGACACACGUACCAGCUGGAGGAUCAGGUCGUCACCGUAACCUUCAAGCAUGACGUGGUUCUGGGUCCUGAGACACGCUCCAGAUAUGUCAGAGCCGGGAUGCCACAAGAUGCCCAGCUGCGACCGGACAUGACUAACACCGGCUUUAGCACAUACGACCCCGAGGCUCCCUACACACCAGGUUUCAUUUGUAGGUGGGACAGUGGCAACGACAACGUCAUCUGGUUCAAGUACGAAGCCGUUCGCGGCAGCAGUUAUGUGUGGAUCGAGGACCUCGUCACGGUGACCAUCCCAGCCGGCACAACCUGUAAAUACCCUGUUGCGACAGCUACCCCACCAAGAAAUCAGGUGACGGAAGUCGACUGCCGAGCGACGUGCCGAGCCCGAGGGAAUUGUGCCUUCUACUCGUGGACCGAAGGAGAUGGAUGCAAGUUUCAUUGGCAACACGAAGCGGGUUCAGGAAUGACUGUCGUUGGCAAGAUCCCGGGCUGUGCAGCAGAGUCGACUUGCAUGGAGGUGUCGGGAGCAGCCUGGCACAUGUCCGGGCUCUACUGUCCGGCCGGCACGGACGUUUUUCGGGGUGUAUUGUACCGCAAGGAUGGCCCGACACCGGAGGAGACGCUCCACCUGGCCAAGUACCACCACAACUCCGAUGGCGCGCUGGAUGGUUGCUCUGUCGGCGACUGGAUCUUUCGCAAAGUUGAUCCGACUAAGGACUACAUCGAUACACUCUCUUCCGGCUCUUCAGAAUUGCAUGGAGAGGUGCUGGCGUGCAGCUCUGGAGUGCGCUUCGUGACGGUAGAGGGCUCCUGCGAAUCCAGGAUGAAUGGCGAGUACAUCUUCCAGGGCCUCACCCAGCCCGGCAGACCCUACUACAAGCAAAACGGAGGCAGCAAAUGGCUCUUCCACGACCCAAAGUGCAAGUCAGGGAAGUCGCCGCGGUGGAUAAUCGGCGCCGUUCCACCAUCCACCUCCAGAAGCUCUAGCCUAAGGUCAGAUGGAAAAGGAUGCACUUCUUUCGGAUAUUCGGAUUCCGAUGAGGCGCUGCCGAGAGAGGAUGGAAUUUGGAUAAUGUAUUGCGGCGAAAGGUUCAAGAUGGACAAAGGCGUCAGUCUGGAGGUGUCCAGCACUCACAUCAGCUUGGCAGCCUUGCCAUGCUCUAGGCCCAUCAAUCUCACGGACACGGAUAAGGACAGCGCUCUGGUCUUCGAUGACCCAGGCACAGAGGAAGCUGCAGACUACUUUCUGCACCCUUGUGACUGUAUACCCGAUGGUUGGGACGGGGCACCUGUGAGCGAGGAGGCUUUGGACUCGGUGCCGAGCGGAAGCGGCAACAUAUUCCUCCCCCGGCCUCUGGCUCUCACCACAGGUGAUCUAGUUUGCCCUGGGGAGCAGCUACUCGUUGUCCACUUCCAAACGCAAACGGAGAGCAUGGAGAGUGCCGACUGUGAAUCUCGCUGCAAGGCAUGGGGCCCGUCGCAGCCUUGCACAUUUUUCUGGCAUGGCUUGCAGCAUGGCGCGAUGACCUGCAGGCUCUACGGUUCAUGUCCUUACCUUGUCACGGAGUUUGGUCUUGAGGGACAGCUGGUGGCGCUGCCAAGUGAGGAGAGCUGCCAUGUGGCCGAUCCCGAGGCCUGCUUUGCCUCAACUCUUCGCCGCGCCUACUUGGACCCCACAACAUCGAUGGCAUCCGACUCUUUGGAGUUCAGGUACAAGGAUCUUCACUUGCAGUGUGACCUCAUGCUACUGCUCGGUGGCCAGAUUGAGUCCUGCUCGCGGCCCACCUACCGGGACCCAAGGUCUCACGAGUGGGCGCACAAGCAUCAGCUGCCUCGAAGCUUUGCACAUGGACGGCGGCUCGAGGCCUCUUGCUGGCACGAGCGCUACUCAGCCGCCUGGAGAAGCACAACGUCCUCCUCUUCUUCCAAGAACACCCUCAUCUGCAUGAAUGGACAGUGGCUCGACAGCUUUUCCAAACCUAACUUGGGAGACUUUGGCUGCCAUGCGUGCCUGCAGAUCGGCUUCUCGGGCUACAAGCAGGUCGCAAGGAAGAACAUGCAGGAACUGUGGUUUGUAGGCCGACAUCACAUGGCUUUGUUCACAGAGAUUGCAAGCCCUGGCCGUUCGGAGAUUAACUGUUUGGAGUCCCGAGGGAGCGAGUUUGAGCCACGGAAGGGACGAUGGGUCCUCGGUGCGAAAAGCCAAUCCUGCAACAGCGCCUGCCAAGAUGAACCCGGCGUGGGCGAAUGCAUGCCGGAGGAGAUGGCAAAGAUCGACUCCGCCGAGAACUUCAAUGCCGCGCUGCAGACCUUGGGUCUUAAAUGCGAACCAGGCGGUGGUCCAAGGGACUAUGCUGGGGUACCGUUUGUAGACUACGCUGGCAGAUGCUACUACUGGGAGAAUCCCGGGGUUCUCCCCAGUUGCGGCGACAACGCGUUCAACAGCCCCCAAGAACCUCUCUGCUACUGCCGGGUGCGCUCCUGCACUGCGACCGUUCGAGUCGAGUCAACCAGUCUUGGCUCUGGCAGAAGCCAGGUGCAGAGCCUAGAGAGGCCUGGAUUUUGCCUUGAGCAGACCACGAGGAACGACCUGGCCAUACCGGAGCUCCGCGCUUGCAAUGCCGGGACGCCCGCACAGCAGAUUGCCAUGGCGGAUUUGGGGGCAAUGGUUUGGCGCCUUUACAGCAUCCAACAUGCCACCAGCCUGGAUGGGGCGUCUGGGGGCCCCGAGCAAAGCCUAAGUUGCGUGGGCAGCGGGGCAGUCGGGCGCAUCCCGAUGAGGCAGCUCUUCGGGUGGACUGGGGCGCGCGUGGCCGUGUGCCACUUUGCCCCGGUCAGUGAGGAGAUUAGCCCCUUUGUGACGGUAGAGGGCUCCUGCCGCUCCGUUGUGAAUGGCAAAUACAUCUUCCAGGGCCUCACCCAGCCCGGCAGACCCUACUACAAGCGGGAGGGUAGUAAUACUUUUCUCUUCCACGACCCAGCAUGCGAACCCGGCGCAGCUCCAUCAUGGAGGUUCACCGGAUUUCGACCAUCUACUUCCAAGAGCUCUGACCUAGAUGGACGAGGCUGUUCAUCCACGGCCUUUGUGGUGGAUGACGGCGCACUGCCGCCCACUGGGGCCGUCUGGAGGAGUUCGUGUAACUUAGAGUGGGUAGAAAGCCAACUCACGUGGACGUUUGCAGGUACCGUUGAUCUGGGAGACACUGAAUCUUGGGCGGCCAGGCUGGCAGAUACACCCGUGGCAUGUGGUCUUGGCCAAGCAAUCACGUCCAUGACGGUGACCGGGGAAGCCGGCUCGACUCAGAGUCUGCAGUACACUUGCGGCCGUGUGUCUGGACUAGGCGUUUGCACCGAGCAGUUCCCGCCGCAGCGGCACGUGGAAGACUGGAGCAUCCAGUCGGUGCUGGGCCCUGUGGUGCUGGAAUGCCCUGCGGACUCCCUUUUCAGCGGCUUCGAGUUCGAGUUCAGCGAAGGUGGGAGAUGGGCGCGGUUCCGGUACACUUGUUGCCAAGCAGCUGGCGCGCCCGUGGCCGUGCUGAACCGAGGCGCGCUCCGGCCCAGAGAAGAUACGGAUGGGCUGUACUGCCCUGUCGCCUGGGACGCUGGCCGUUUGCGGUACCAGAAGCAGGUGCGCUCUGAGGGAUGGAUUUUAGCUCCUUUACACUGGAGCUGCGACGACACCUGCGGGGAUGCCGGCUUGCAGUGCAAACCAAGCAAGAUAGCUCUUGUGAACUCAGGGACGCAGGUAGAGAAAGUGAUGAAAGACAUAGGCAUCCGGUGCGCUUCAACUUCAACGGACUCCAAUUCAGUUCCGCUUCUUGAGCCUGAUGGACUGGCUUGCAGUUUUUGGAGCCAAACAGGAAACCCGACGUGCCAAGGGGUGCAGUUUCCAGAUCGGCAGCGUCCUCUGUGCUACUGCGCUCAAGAGCCGGUGCCGCUCCAGAUGCUUUCCUUCCACCUCGGGGAGGGCCGAUGGUGCCUGGGCCAGGACUGCGUGCAAGUGGAUCUGGAAGACAGCUUGCUCCCGAUCGGGCUUUCUGGUAACAGCUGGGAUGCUGUGGCAGUGCAGGACCUAAUCGGCACUGGGCCGGCACGGGAGGAAGCUAAAGCCAAGCUUACCAAGCCGAGAUCGAUCAAGAACCCCAAGCGCCCUACGGCGCCGAAGCAGCCUGACAUCGAAGGCUUUGUGCCCCAGCAGCCACUGUACUCCAAGGAAUGUAUGGACUACGGCGAGCUCUGGGAAAAGAUCACGGAAACCUACACCGAGAUUUCUGCGGAUGCUCCGGAAACUCACGAAAACAAGCUGCCCACGGAGGCUGAAGAUCAGCCGGGCAAGCUCGACGACCAUCCCUGUACCGUUGCCAGCAAAGUCACGGGGGUUUCGGGUGAAGCAGGCGGUGGGGACGGCAGUGACGUCGGCCCAUACCUGAGCUAUGUCGACCUCGACGGCUGCGCAGCCCGGGUCAUCAACCGGGGACUCAAAACCGCACUGCUGGAGCUGUCGCAGGCAAAUCUUGAGAAGUUUUUCGACACCGUGCAGACGGGAAUCGAUGUGGCCACUGCGGUCAUCCCUAACAUGAUAGCAGCGCCCGUUGGAGUUGGUGCAGAGUUUGAGGCUGGGGGGGCUGCCAAGGCCGCGGCAACCGCUGCGAAGAAAGUGACCAAGAGGAUCAGCGAGGCUCAGGCCGCAAAAGCGCUGACGGCACUGGCGGCGGCCGGAGGUGCAGCUGCAGGUGCGAGCAACAUCGCAUCCGCGGGCUACAGCGGUGGCCUGUUCAACAUAGAGGAGGAGGAUUUCAACGACUGUGAUCCCAUGCAAGCGGAGGUCGACCGGCUCUUCUGCGACAUUCAUUGCGUUCGGGAUGCCGUCAUUCGAGGCGACCGCACCAUCAUCCGGAACUUGAAAGCCGCCACGGAUGUCACCAAUGGCAACAUGAAGAAGCUGGCCGAAUGGAGCGUGCUGUCAAAUAGAGCCGAGACCGGAUGGCUCGCUGAGAAGAUCGACACGACUGAUGAACGACUCAGCCUGCAGAUUCAACAUCUUCAAGACUCCGUAGACGGAACGACCCUCCUUGAAGCCAAGCAGGCCAGCGGGGAGAUGCUCUUGGAGAUCGCUGGCUUUGCUCAGGCUGCGUCCUUCAAUGUCUUGUCCCGUGCGACCGCGAAGGAUGCCCUGGAGCGCUUCCUGGCAGCCGACGCAGGCGACGCGGGCCCGAGCGCGGCGACGGGCUCGGCGAGCUCCUUCCAAACGAACGCCAGCCGAGUGGCAAGCGGCGUUCUGCAAAGCCUGGCGGAUCUGCGGGGGACGCUGCGCAGCGCCUCCGGCCCCGGCGCAUCCAGGCUCGCCAUGCUGGGUGCCCAGUUCCGAAGGGACGCUGGCAGGAUGCACCAGCUGGCAAAAAGACAGAUGCAAGUGCUCGGGAUGUACAGAGACCAUAGCAACAUCACACGAAAGAAAGUGCAGACGUGGCGCCAGGAGGUCCUUCUUCAGGAGCAGCACGCCGCGCUCUUCACCGUGGAUCGCAUUUGGUGGGAGCUCCGAGGUAAGUUGGACGAGUACAUGGAGACGGCGACCGUGCAGGUGGCGGCCCUGGAGACAUCUUUGGCUACAAUGGCCUCCUAUGAGCAUUGUGCUUCGAGUCUGCAUGAAGUGCAGCAAUCCUACGCCGCCAGCCUGGUCGCCCGGGACCGGGGCCACAGCAAACUGAGGGCGGCAUGGCGCGAGUCGAGCCGUUUGUUGGGAGAGUUGGCCUCCGUCGUCGUGGACGGCGAUGUUUUCCAGACCUUUGUUAAAUCCGAAGGCUGUGAUUCCGCAUUGGCCGCGCAGACCAUGCAGCAGGCCAAGUAUGCCGUGGGCAGCAUGAAGCUGCUCCUCCACCGCUUUGAGGUCGGAGGCCUGACGCUUCCGGACACCAGCGCUGUGCAGGACUCUGCCAAGCGCCUCCAGGAGAGCUUCGAGAAGGCCACAGCCUGCUGA